CACAGGGGGGGUGAAAUGAAUCCGCAAGGGGGCGCUGUGUGUCCACUCCUUCACGUGGAUUGAGAACCCUGUGAAUGUUUGAGGCAAUGGGGCAAAGUUGCAAUGAAAACGCCUAAAAUAACAACUUUAUUCUGAAAUGAAAGUGAUAGAUUGAGACUUAACAAAAAAACUUAUAGAAAAUGUGUUUUAUGUUUAAGAAAAACGGUGAAAAAUAGGAAGAUCGACUCCUGCGCUAAAGGAGAGGUGUUGGAGAUUAUGGCACCAUUACGCACGUUCAAAUGCAGGAAUUUCCUCUUUUAUUUCAAACUUUAUCCCGAAAAUAAACGUGACACUAAGUGAUUGUCAAGGUAGGCAUUUUUCCCAGCAGCUGCUUGCACUGUAACCCCUCCUCCUCCUCCUCCCGGUGCCCCUUGGUCUGUCUGCCUGCCUGCCUCCCUCACCCCCUUCUCUCUCUUCUUCUUCUCCUUCUUCCUCCUCCACCGGCUGCUUUCAUUCCAGCGCGCGAUCCGACAGGAGCAGACGGUGAACGCAGCCGCCAAAGCCGAGAGAUUCGCUCAGGGAAUAAAUAUCUGCGAAACGCGCGGCUGCUGCUUUAUAGGAAUACCACUCGCUCGUGGACGCACGUGAGCCUGCGCGCAUGCAUAUAUGGGGAGCAGAGGGACCCGACUCUGACCUCAGAGAAAGUGUUUUGGAUCUGCUGCUGCCUCUUUUCUUUGAAUGAAGAGAAGCCAAACUGGCUCCCUCUGGAUAUACUACCUGAAUGGUGACCGCGGACCGGACUACCUGUUUUGCAUUUGAUCGCUCAGAGCGCACGGAAGGGACUGCUGGAAGCGCCCCUUGCCUUCUGUUUGGGUUAACAAGGCACUUUGGAGAUCCCUGAAAAGCGAGAAGGGCUUCUGCUUUUACGCAUUUUUUUGUUUCCUUUUUUAUUUUAUUUCAUCAGGGCUAUUUUUUCCCACUCUGAACUGUCUUCUUUACGAGUUUUGGUGAAUGGGGAUAACUCUGAUCCAGGAGGCUUGACACGGCUCGGACUGGGUGCGCGGCGCGUCAGAUCAGCCAGGAUUGCAUCUCCCAACCUCCGUGUGUUUCGACUUCCAUGAGCGAGCAGAUCCUUUUCUGACAAUGGAUUACUUUCUGCUUUUAUGCGGCUCCUUGCUGCCCGUGGUGAUGGCGGUGGAAGAGACGUUGAUGGACACGAGGUGGGCCACGACGGAAUUAGCCUGGACUUCACACCCUGAAACUGGGUGGGAAGAGGUGAGCGGCUACGAUGACGCCAUGAAUCCCAUCCGGACCUACCAAGUCUGCAAUGUUCAACAGCUCAACCAGAACAACUGGCUACGCAGUGAUUUUAUCCCACGGAAGGAUGUUCUCCGUGUAUAUGUGGAAAUCAAGUUCACGGUGCGUGACUGCAACAGCAUUCCCAACAUACCAGGUUCCUGCAAAGAGACGUUCAACCUCUUCUACUACGAGUCUGACUCAGACUCGGCUACAGCCACCAGCCCUUUCUGGAUGGAGAACCCCUACAUAAAGGUGGACACGAUAGCUCCGGAUGAGAGCUUCUCCAUGCUGGACUCCGGACGAGUCAACACAAAGGUGCGAAGUUUCGGGCCGCUCUCCAAAGCUGGGUUCUACUUGGCCUUCCAGGACCUUGGUGCCUGCAUGUCGCUCAUCUCAGUACGAGUCUUUUACAAGAAGUGCUCCACCACCAUCGCCAACUUUGCCGUUUUCCCAGAAACAGCAACAGGGGCUGAAGCAACUUCCUUAGUUAUUGCUCCGGGAACUUGUGUGCCCAAUGCCUUGGAAGUGUCAGUUCCUCUGAAGCUCUACUGCAAUGGAGACGGAGAGUGGAUGGUUCCUGUGGGAGCCUGCACCUGCUCGGCUGGUUUUGAACCGGCCAUGAAAGAGACUCAGUGUCAAGCUUGCAGCCCUGGCACCUUCAAGUCCAAACAAGGGGAAAGCCCCUGUCUUCCAUGCCCAAACAACAGUCGUGCCACCUCUGGGGCAGCCAGUCUUUGUUCCUGUCGAAAUAGUUACUACCGCUCUGACACGGAUUCCCCAGACUCUCCUUGCACAACGGUUCCAUCUGCACCACGUAACGUCAUCUCUAUUGUCAACGAAACCUCCUUGGUGCUGGAAUGGAGCGAGCCUCGCGAUUUGGGCGGACGUGAAGACAUCAUUUACAACGUCAUCUGCAAGAAGUGCCUCCCCGAGCGAGGAAUGUGCUCUCGGUGUGAUGACAACGUCGAUAUUUCGCCGCGUCACCUGGGCCUCACGCAGCGCCGGGUGACGGUCCGCAACCUGCAGGCCCACACUCAGUACAGCUUUGAGAUCCAAGCAGUCAACGGGGUUUCCAACAAGAGCCCAUAUACACCUCAAGUCUCUACAGUUAAUAUUACCACAAAUCAAGCAGCUCCAUCUGCAGUGCCUACAGUCCAUCUGAUGGCAGCCACCGCGAGCACCAUGAGUCUGUCCUGGCUUCCUCCUGAGAAACCCAAUGGAAUCAUUCUGGAUUAUGAAAUUAAAUACCAUGAAAAAGAUCAAGGUGAGGCCAUUGCCCACACCAUGACUGCCCAACGAAGCAACGCCCGUAUCGAAGGUCUCAAGGCUGGUACGCCCUACGUGGUGCAAGUGCGUGCCCGAACCGUGGCUGGUUAUGGCCGUUACAGCAGCCCAGCGGACUUCAGCACCAACCUGCAAACUGAUCCACCUAAGUCAUGGCAGGAGCAACUUCCCCUCAUCGUUGGGUCGGCCACCACAGCCUUGGUCUUCGUCAUUGUGGUUGUAGUCAUCGCUAUCGUCUGUCUCAGAAAGCAGAGAAAUGGUUCAGAGUCGGAAUACACAGAAAAACUACAACAAUACAAAUCCCCAAUAGUUACGCCGGGAAUGAAGGUCUACAUUGACCCCUUCACCUAUGAGGACCCCAAUGAGGCUGUACGCGAGUUUGCCAAGGAGAUUGAUGUGUCCUGCGUGAAGAUCGAGGAGGUCAUUGGCGCAGGUAACCCACCAAAGCUCCUGAGCUACAGGGGGAAGACUCCUGGUCACAUCCAGGCCAUACCGUUAGAGGACUUCACACCAAGCGGAGAGUUUGGGGAGGUGUGCCGCGGUCGCCUGAAGCUACCUGGACGCCGGGAAAUCAUUGUUGCCAUCAAGACUCUUAAAGUGGGCUAUACUGACCGCCAGAGGCGAGACUUCUUGUCUGAAGCUUCCAUCAUGGGCCAGUUUGACCAUCCCAACAUAAUUCGGCUGGAAGGUGUGGUUACCAAGAGUCGGCCUGUCAUGAUUGUGACCGAGUUUAUGGAGAACGGAGCUCUGGACUCUUUUCUAAGGCUUAACGAUGGGCAGUUCACAGUCAUCCAGCUUGUUGGCAUGCUGCGUGGCAUCGCAGCAGGCAUGAAGUACCUGUCAGAUAUGAACUACGUGCACAGAGACCUGGCUGCACGUAACAUCUUGGUCAACAGUAAUCUGGUGUGUAAGGUGUCUGACUUCGGCCUAUCUCGAUUCCUUGAGGAUGACCCUACAGAUCCCACCUACACCAGCUCACUGUAUUUCAUGCUCACCUACUCAUUCGCAUAUCCACAGGGAGGCAAGAUCCCCAUCCGCUGGACGGCCCCCGAGGCUAUUGCAUACAGGAAGUUCACCUCAGCCAGCGAUGUGUGGAGCUACGGCAUCGUCAUGUGGGAAGUAAUGUCAUAUGGCGAGCGGCCAUAUUGGGACAUGAGCAAUCAAGAUGUGAUAAAUGCUGUGGAGCAGGACUAUAGACUGCCCCCACCCAUGGAAUGCCCCACAGCCUUACACCAGCUCAUGCUGGACUGCUGGGUGAAAGAGAGGAACCUGCGGCCCAAAUUCACCCAGAUUGUGGCCACGUUGGAUAAACUCAUUCGAAACGCUGCGAGCCUCAAGGUGGUCACCAACAGCACGCAGUCCACAGGGGUGUCCCAGCCCUUGCUUGACCGCUGUGUGCCAGACUAUACGACUUUCACCACUGUGGGGGACUGGCUGGAUGCCAUCAAGAUGAGCCGCUACCGCGACAACUUCGUCAAUGCCGGAUUUGCUUCCUUUGACCUGGUUGCCCAGAUGACAGCAGAGGACUUGCUACGGAUAGGUGUGACAUUGGCCGGUCAUCAGAAGAAGAUUCUCGGUAGCAUUCAGGACAUGAGACUACAAAUGAACCAAACACUUCCUGUUCAGGUGUAAGCUAAAGGCCACACGGAUGGAUGCAGUCAAAGGACGGCCAGACCAGAAAGGGGGAGAAAAACUGUGCAAGAGAGGGCCACUGGAAAACCUUAGCUGCCUGACCCAUCUCCGCCAAUGAAACUGGCUUGCAGUGCCUCUGAAUUUAUAUUUUCUUUAUUUCAUUACCACAUACACUUCCUGGCCAAGCUUUUUGUUAUACAUCAUUGGUGGUUUUGUUUUCAUCCAGGCAGGAUUAGUUUGUUUUUGAAAGAGGAAAGCGUUCCUUCCCCAUGCGUGCCUCACCACUUCUGGAGUGGGCUGAUGUUUGCAUGCAUGUGGUUUUCACUGAGGUUGGCCUUAGUUGUGUCCUGAUCCUCAUGCAAGAACCUCCUUCCUUAACUUCAAAGCCCAGGUCUGCUGGACAAGAAUUACAUCGCAAAGAUUCAAGAAUCACAAAUAAAAAAAAAAAAAUAGACGUGUCAGACAACAAGAGAAUUCCUUCCCGGACAGAAGUCGUUCUAUCGUGCAUGUGUUGAUCUUCAUCUUCAUAUUGAAGGUGUGUUACUUAUAAGGGCACUUGCUGGCAUGGGUUGAAGUUGUGAAGGAGAAAUAAAAAGAAGAUGGGCUGCAGCCGCAGGUCAAGAGGAUGAUGGACAUCACCAAGGUCAAAGGCAGCCACAUUUUUUGGACACUCAUUUCGACUGUUGGGUCAGCAGAUGACCUCUCCGCUCUGACCUAAAGAGACUCAGGGUAGUUCCCCAUCUGCAGGAACACCUGCCCAUCAACUGUGUUUUUGUAAACAUAAAAAAAACGGUUUUUACUUGUCUUUUUGUCCACACUACAUGUCUUUGUUUCUUUUGAAUUCCUUUGACAGUUUUGGGAGAUCUGUAGUUUCAAAAUGGCCGGUCAAACCGAAGUACCCUUCCCACCUCCAUGCUGGACACUUGAUGUGAUUAGGGGGAGGCAAGGACUGUGGCUACACUAUUGAAAGACCCCUUGGCCUUUUGUGUGCAUUUUUGUACCUGAGAGUGUGUCUGCGCGAUGUGUGAGCGUAUGUGGGACCGUGUGUGUGAGCGUAUCCUGUUGCACACAAAUAUACUGUACAAAAACAGCUUCCGCUAUUUGCCACCAUGGAGAAUUAACGCAUGAACUGAACUUUAAUAAGGAGCAACUAUAUCUGAAACAAUAUGCUAUACUCUGUGGACAGCUGUAAACACUUUUUUAAUUGAAUCCAAAAAAAUGGUAUUUGGACAUAAACAUAUCCAUAGAUUGGUGUAUGGAUAAACAGUGAUGGACAUCUUUAACUAUCUGGUAUUAUCUGGAUUUAGAUAUAAUCAACAGGCUUGUUUUAAUUUCUUAACGCCCCUCCCCUAAGUAUUUAUUUGUACCUCACCUGCCAACUCAUAGUCCCCCUCUUAACACCCAGAUGGACUGAAACAAUCAGAAGGAAGAGAGACUUCAAGAGGACGAAUAAAUGAUUAUUAAACAAAAGAAGUUGCAUAUAAAUUGGAUAUUGUAUAUUUGUUGUUGUUCUAAACAGCCUGUACAUGUUUUAUAAGUAAAAUAAGAUAAAUAACAAAAGAAAAAAUGUGUUUUGACAAGAAGGAAGUGUUGUUGAAUGUUUGCCUGACUGAAGUGAACAGAAAACAAGGAAUGCUGUGAGGAGUGGAGUUCAACCAUAGAAAAGCAUUCAUGUCAGAUCAUUUUUUUUUCUUUCUUUUUUGUUUUUUUGUGAUACAAUGUUGUAUUUGUGCUUAAGUUUGUCUGUGCCACUUGAACUUCAUUCUGAAGCCCCCCUCCCCUCGUAAGCAUUUAUAAAGCAUUGAGCUGUUAUCGUCUUCCAGACACAUUUUCAAUCUUACAAAUCAUUUGACUGUUGUCCAGCUCAAUUCUUGAGUUUUGUAUGUUUUGUUUUUUAAUUAGGGAAAGGCCCAGAAGAUAGUUUCAGAGUAGUCAGUAUGCCAUAUUUAUUUGAGUCACCUAGAGAAGGGUCUGCAGUUUCCAUAGUCUGGCAGGAUCCUCAUUAGAGAACCCAGAGCUGUCAAUGGACAAUCCUAUUGGUCUUUGUCCGGUCGAUUAAUGCAGCAGCCAGUCGAGCAUUGCAAUGAGUCUAAGGUGCAGCAUGCAGACAAAUGCAGACACGGGGCAGGCGGACCUAUCAUUAUCUCUCAUUCGUUUCCCGUCUGGCCUGCAAUCAUCCUGUCUCAGCUUUGGCUGCUGCAUGAAUAGCAGGGUGCAGGAUCAACAGCAUGGGCAUGUAGACAGACAAAAUCUGUAGUUCCCCCUCGUCUUAACUGAUCGCAGAUGCACCUCUGAGAUAAUUCUGCUUGGGCUUGUCUCAAGAGGGUGUUUGAAGGUGAUGGAUUAAAGAGUAGGGCCAUGAUCUUCUGCAUAGUUCACCGUAUUGUUGGAGAUGGAGCAGAUCAAUGCAAUAUGUGGCCAUCCAGUUUGUCUCGUUAAACACGAGUGACUCCUUAAUUCCUGUAGACGAAGACGGAAUUAUGCAAAACAGCAACUUGGUUUUGCUUUGGAGGUUGUUCAAUUUCAAUAUUCUAGCAGUUUCUGCAAUGUAGAGAAAUAGUCAAUUAACAGUUGGAUACUAAUAUAAUCCAGCAAACAAGUCAAUUUCUUGAAUCACAAUAAUGACUCCAUAUCGCUGUUUAGACAGACAAGAACCAGAAGUUUUCCAAUUGAAAACCCCAGACUUUUUCCCCCUUCUUCAUCCUUGGAGACAAUUAUUUCAUAUUCUGUUGUAGCAAAAACAUAUUUUGAUUGGACGAUGGAUAGAGAAUAUUUUUGGAAAUGACUGUUACCAGAAUCUCCCAGACACACAACAUCACUCCCCUCCAAAAUCCGUUUAAUCUUUCAAUCAGUUAAGCCACGCUGCCGCUAAUUUUCAUGUAGCACAAAACAAGGCGCAGCCGAUGGGCAUAAAGAUACAGAGACUGGGUGGAAUAAGGAGGUUAAACACAAUCAGAUGGCAAACAUGCCAACUCAUGAAGAGGGGGCUGCUUGGAACUAUAAUGAAGUAUUGAUGGAGUGCACAUGCUUUUCUUGGGGUCUGAACUGGUGUUCACCAAAGUCAAUGGGCCAUGAGUGAUGAGCUCGCCUGGUAGAGUUGCACACAUUAAACAUUUUACCCCACUCCCAACACAGCUGCAGAGCAUUCAUACUCUGGCAUUGUCUUCAUCACAUACACUUUUAUUUUUCUUACCAUUGGCUGAAACUCAGAUGGACUGUUACCACUGUGUGUGUGGACGUGUGUGUGUGUUGUGUAUGAAAUGCCAUUUUAUAUGGAAACGGUUCGAUUUAGAGUCUAUACUGUCUGUUGUAUCUCUUUGUGUGCCAACAGGAUUCAAACCAUAACCUUUUUUUUCCCCGCCUUUCUUUAUAUCAUUGCAGAAUAAGUCAACAUAAACCAUCGCAGAGCUCCUUUAUCAUACACACCACAUACAGCUCUCUGGCUAUUUCGUUUUUGGUCUCUAUUUUAAAUAAGUAUAUACACUACUGUUUUUUCUCUGUCCUCUAACAAGCUCACUUCAGAUACAUAUUUUAUGUCACUUUUAAAAAUGUUUCUUUUCUUUUUUAAAUAAAAGUAAGCAACGUGUUUUAGAGAGAACUGCACGUGUUGGACAACACAGGGGGGAGAGGGUGGGGUUGAAUACAGAAAUGCAAUUGUCCUCUUUGAAAAACAUUGAGAUGUAUUUAAUGGUGCAGACAAACACAACAAAUUACUAAAAAAAAAUGAUGAUGCAUUCUUGUAGAAAUAUUUUUAAAAGACCCUUUUUUGCAAUUAAAUUAUUUAAGAAAUGUGA